AUGCGGCGUCUCCAUGUCCAGCGGCUCCUCCUAUGCUGCGCGCUGUUACUGCUUCCUAACGCGCGCGCGCUUUGGUUCUCAAUGCCCCCCGAGUGCGACGGGCGGUGCUGGGAGGAAGACGUUAAGCAUCCCCUCGCGUCCUGCGACCUGGAGGUUGUCGAGGGCGCGAUAACGCCGGAGGAGGCGGACGAUGUCGUGGCCGCCGCGGAGGCGCACGCGGCGGUGCACGGAUGGCAUAGCCAGCGUCACAUAGCGUAUCCCACCCGGGACCUACCCUGGACCGCGCUGCCGAGCGUCGCGCGCGUCUUCGACAAGCUCUGGGGCGCGAUGGAGGAGAGCGUGCGUCGGCGGUGCGGCGUCAGGCCCAUCGACAGGCUCACCCCGAACGAUAUAUUCGUGGUGAAGUACACCCCGGAGGGACAGGCGGGGCUCGACAGGCACAGGGACGCCAGCAGCUUCAGCUUCAACGCGGCGCUCUCCGACCCGACGUCGUACGGCGGGGGCGGCACGCGCGUCUGGCUGGACUCGGCGGUGAGAACCCUUCGCGAGAAGUACCUCCGGGCGGAGUUGGAGGGAGUCGUUCGCGACGGGACCGCGCCCGGGGCGUCCGCGGAAGCGCGGGGGGCCGCGGCGCGCGCCGAGGCAACGCUGGAUCGCCCGCCCGGCACCCUCGACGUCGACGGGUACGUCGUCAGGCCGGACAGGCUCCUACCGGAGGACGGCGAGACGCGCAAAAUCGCCAAAGGCUCCGUCAUGGUCCACGGCGGUCGCAACGUCCACGAGGGAACGGCGAUCGUCUCCGGGACCCGACACAUCGUCGCCGGGUUCGUGGGUCUCAACAGGCACUGCUGUACGCUGAGGUACAGCGGGUGGCGCGGGGUGAUGGCGCUGGUCAGGGUGACGGCGAUGAACAACAGCGCGAGGGGGGGCGUGAGGGACAAAGUCGGCGGCCGCGUGCCCCUCUGGGACUACGUCUUAUACGAGGAGUGGCGGGGGGUGUUCCGGUGGAUCCGCGGGGCGUCGUUGGUACUCGCGCUGCUGUCGCUCGCCGCGUACGCCGCGUGGCACGUCGCGACGCGUCUCUCGCCGCGGUUCAACCUCGCGGCGCGGCGGGCGUUGGCGGUCGUCGCCGGAUACGAAUCGUCCUUUUUUCGCGGCUUGGCCAGAAAAAGGAGACGAGCGAUGCGGUCGGCGCUCCCGACGAAGCACUCGCUGGACGACUGA